AUGAAUAAUUUAAUAAAAAAUCAUAAAAAAGUAUAUUCUGUUAAAAAAUCAUCAAGUAGAAAUAAUAACAACAAUAUUAUUGACAAUAAAUUAAUUCGAAAUCAAAGAACUGUUACUAUCCAAAGAAAUGUUGAUCAUCAACUUUCUGUAGCUGAUAUUAUAGAUUAUAAUCUUGACGUUAUUUUCGUUGGUCUUUUUAGUGGUAAGAAAAGUCAAUCAACUGGACAUCAUUACUCUUGUGAAACAAACGAGUUUUAUAAUUGUUUGAUGGAAAGUGGGUUUACUAAUGGUGAAAAAAUAAAUUGUGUUGAUGACCAACGUUUACCGAUUGAUUUUAAAUGUGGUUUGAUUAAUUUGGUUCAUCGACCAAAACAUCGAUCAAAGAAAAAGUUAUCUUUGACAGAUAUUAUACAAGCUAUUCCAAAUCUACUUGACAAAGUAGAAAGAUAUCAUCCAAAGUUUAUUUGUUUUAAUGGGAAAUCAGCCUACGAUGCUUUUGAAGUAUAUCGGUUACAAUCUGAUCAAUCAAGCCUUGUAAACAACAAUGACAAAAGCAAGAGAGUUAAUGAAAAAUGGGGCUUAAAGCCAUUAAUUAUUCCCUGGAAUGAUAAUUCUGGUCAUACAAAAAUAUUUGUUAUAAUGCCGACAAGCAAUAGAGCCUCCCAGUAUCAAAAAAAAGAUAAUAUUAUUUAUUUCAAACAAUUGAAGCAUCUUGUGAAUAAUCUUUCACACAAUUCAAACAAUAAUGAUAAUGUUAUUGACAAUUUGGAUUCAAGCGACAAUGAUAACAAAAAUCUUAAUGUUUCCAAGAAUAUAUUAUCAUCAACUAUCGUCCCUCAUGGUGAAGAAUCGUCACCAUUGUCGCGUGAUAAAAAUCAAAAAUCUGCUGACAAAUAUUUUUCUUCUACCGCUACACCUUCUUUUCCUACUUUUAUUUCUUAUUUUUCGAAUGACGAUGUAAAAAUCACAAAAACAUCAACACCAAUAACUACAACGGAAUCAUCAAAUCAUCAAGAAAAAGCCAAUCAUAAUAAUAAUAUUUUUGAAUAUAUUCAACAAUCGUUAAUAAAUUUUGAUAAUUAUCCGAUAGAAGAUAUUAAUAUUGAUAAAAAUGAAAUAUCUGCAAUUCGUAACUUCUCAGAAUCUUUAGCUAAACUUAGUAUCAGAGGUGAAAUUGGUAAAUUAUAUGAAUUAACGGUUCCACAAAAUAGGAACAAAAAAAAAUAUAAUAAACUGCAAGUGAAACAAAUUAAUAGCAUGAGAGCUUUACAUUUAAUUGAUUCUAUUUACGAAUCAGUAGAUAAAGAAGUUCCUUAUUUCUAUACAGAAAAACAAUUCUCUUUAUAUGUACCAAGUGAAAUUUGCAUUGAAGAAUUUGGAUAUGGCUUAUGCAAUAUAUGUGGAAUAUUAAAUUCCGUUGUUACUUAUCUAAGUAUUCUGCUAGUUAUUUUAAUCAUAAUUGGACAUGCAGUAAAAUGGAGGCAGAUAACAAAGAUAUGGAGUAGCGUUAUUUUGGCGAUGCUAAUUACCUAUCCAGCUUUUGCAUCGGGUUAUCUACUUACUAGUAACACUUGUAUUUCUAUUAUAUCUUUUACUAGAUUAAUCGAGAGUUUCUUAGGCAAGUCUAAAACCGCAAUAUCUUUUUAUAUCAACGGAAAAUGGAAAGAUAAAAAUGAUAAGGAAUCAGAAUUAGAUAGUUUAAAACGACGUGUUACUUAUAUGGAAAAAGGUGUAAAAAAGAAUGAUUUCUGA